GUGAUGAAGAUUGUUAAACAAAGGGAAGAGAAAGUAAUGACCGGAGAAGUUGACAGCUUCGGCCAUGAUUUUCUAGGAUUACUUGUAAAUGCCUAUCAUGAUCCGAUUGAGAAAAACAGGCUUUCGAUACAAGAUGUGGUAGGUGAGUGUAAAACUUUCUAUUUUGCUGGGCAAGAAACAACCAAUUCCUUGCUUGCAUGGACAACCCUACUUUUAGCAAUAUAUACAGAUUGGCAAGACAAAGCAAGAGCAGAGGUGAUUGAGAUCUUUGGUAAUCAAAACCCAAAUUCUGAAGGGAUCGCCAAAUUAAAGACUAUGACCAUGAUUAUUAAUGAAACUUUACGGCUCUAUCCUCCUCUAAAUGGUGUGGUAAGAAAGGCAGUAAGAGAUAUCCAAUUAGGAAAACUUGUCCUACCUAAUUAUUUAGAUCUCAACAUCCGAUUUAUAGCACUCCACCAUGACCCUGAUUUAUGGGGAGAUGAUGUUCAUCUUUUCAAACCAGAAAGGUUUUCAGAAGGGAUUGUCAAAGCUACUAACAAUAAUGCAGCUGCAUUUAUGCCCUUUGGAUUGGGACCUCGAACUUGCGUUGGAAUGAACUUUGCAAUCACUGAAACCAAAAUUGCCCUUUCCAUGAUUCUACAACGCUACACUUUCACCCUUUCCCCUACUUAUGUUCACGCACCUUUACCAAAUCUUUCACUCAAGCCACAACAUGGGCUUCACGUAUUGUUUCAUUCAUUACAUUAAAAUUUGUAAAAUAUUGUAUUAUAUAAUAAAAUGUGGAUGUGAAACUAUUCCUUGUAAUG